AUGCAGAUCGGAUUUGCUCGAGCUUUCUGCGACAUCCACUGCGUGCGGGAUGCAGUGAUCAGGGGCGAUCGGUCCAUCAUCCGCAAUCUUGAGAUGGCGACGAAGAAGACCAACAGCAACUUGAAGGCUCUGGUCAAGUGGUCCGUCGAUGCAUCUCACACCGACAUUGGCUGGAUCGGCGAGAAGCUGGACUACAUGCACGCCAUCGACAAGGCCUACAUGCAGGAAAUCCACGAGACUUGGCCGAAUAACCGUGGAGGAAGAACAGGGGUUCAACAAAAAAACCAAACCCUCAUGAGACACGCAAGGUUUUCCGAGCUGGCCGGCUAUGCGCAGGCUGCCUCUUUUGACGAGCUCUCGAAAAUCACGGCCAAGCGAGCGGUAGAAGAGUUCCUGGAAUCUGCCGACUUCUCCCCGAAAGCCAACGCCACGGCCGCCGCGUCGCUACUGGGGCGCUUGGAUGCCUUGCACCAGACCCUGAAGCGCGCGGGGCGCGGCCGGGAGAAGAGCGAGAUGCUGAACCGCCAGGUCGCGCAGACCGUUCGGCAUCUUCAGCGCCAGGCGAGCUUCCAUCUCCGCACCCUGGGUGUCUACCGGCAAGAGAGCAAUGCCUCCAGCCACGCCGCACGGGGCAAGGUCCACAAGGCCCUGGCGCGCGAGCGGCACCAGGUCCUAAUGUCCUUGGACCACAUCUGGUGGCAGCUGCGCACGAAGCUGGAUGGGUAUCUUGACGUGGCCGAGGACGAAGUAAAAGCCUUCCAGACCUCUCUCGCAGAGAUGAACAGCUACCUGGAGCUCCGCCUGAUACAGCAGUCGGGAGUAAUUAGUGACUGCAAGAAGGGCUUCUCCGACCUCGCAGCCGGCUACGCCCAGAGCAUCUCCGCCCUCAGCCGAAGCCACCGGCGACUUCGGGCCACCUGGCGCGAAGGCUCAGCUGCGCACCACUCCGCUGUGUUGGUGAAUGGCACCACGGGUACCAAUGGGUACGGACUCAGUGCAAGUGCUGGUGAAGUGGAUGCAGGAUGGGAUGCAGCGGCGAGCCCAGAGGUAGAAGCUGCGGGUGGACAGACGGGGCCAAUGAAACGCCCGGUGGACCACGACGUUGCCUACACGGAAGCUGCUGUGUUUCAAGGAGCAGAAUACUUCACACCGAGAUCGCGGACCUCUAUGGCACCUUGGGGACCUUUUCCCGAAAUGGAAACGCUGCCGUCGGGGUGGUCGUGGAUUUCUAGGGUGGGAGCGCGGAUUAUGGGGGCUAUUGGCUCCAAUGAGCUGGUGCCCAGUCCUUUGGCCUCACCACCUCGUCAAGUUGGUGGAUCGUCUACGUUGACCCCGCAGGGACCAAGGCCCAGGGGCCAGAAUCUGACACCGCCAUCAUCAAGUGGGCUGUCUGUGGAGGCGGUGCAAGCGGAGGUACAACGUCAGCUGGGCCCUUUGCUUGAUCGGCUUGAGAUGGCCGAGCAGAGGAAUAGUCUUCUUGAAGGACAGCUGAAGCAACAAAUGACAGCAGGCAUGGCAACCACCAAGACCCUUCGAAGCCCUACGGAGCAACCGGAUGGACUGGGAUGCAUGGAGGUCCUCUUGCAGAUGAACAUGGUUUUCCUGAACCACGAGGGCAUUCGCAUCAAGAACCUACGCAGGACCGGGAUGCCUCGGAGACAGGUCGGGGGAACAUGGCUUCGGGUGGAGAAGGUUCCAGUGCACAUCGGGGCCGCUCGCGUGAAGGCCUGGGAAGCUUCGAGGGUGUCUAUGGGAACGCCGGAGCAGAGCUUCAAGAGCGCAAUCUUCAAGGAGCACGUGGAGGGGAUUCUCCGGGAGGCCGUCCUUCGAACGGUCGAGGGCUCGUACUCCAAGUGGCUUGGGGCUACGCAGUUGGAGCGGCUGACGAUUCAGCCAGAGGAUGCCGACUUCGCAGUGAAAGGGAGGUGGACGCGGGUGAAUGCACGCGCGUGCCAGCUGCUGCUCAACGCUGUCCCGGAGGUGGUUCGCUCGGACUUGAUCGCGAGGAGGGCAACGCAGGACGUAACUCAGCUGGUGUUCCGGUUGUUCGUGCUGUACCAGCCGGGGGGGUCUUCCGAAAGGGGACACACUUUGGCGCAACUCCAAUCUCCACCUCACGGGACGAAUGUCGCGGAGACUCUGGAAAUCCUGCGUGGAUGGCCUCGACAUCUACGACGGUGCCAACAGCUUGGAAUGAGUGCUCCAGACCCAACAGUCCUGGCGAAAGGGUUGGACAUGGCUACGGCGAAGCUCAUCACUGGAAACCCGGAUGCUCAUUUCAGGACGCAGCUGCUACGCACUUCUUUGCGUUUGGACGCGAAGCCCACCCUACGCCAGGUGGAGGAUUACCAACGGCACCUGCAGGCGGAGGUGGAACAGAUGGCAGCGGCUGGCGGGAACUACAAUGACGUCGUCGCCGCCCACCUCGCCGACUGGAAAGGUGGAGGAAAGCGAAGUCAUGCAAAGCGUGAAGAAGGAGCUGAGCGGAUGCAAAUUCCACCGACCACGCCAAAGGUCGCCGAGAUACAGGCCACGUCUGCUGAAGCAAUACCUUCGUCCUCAUCCAGCACGAUCAUGUCAUCAAGUGGGUCGUCAAUCCCACCUUCGGCGGCUACGAUUGGCAGCGCAGAAGGGGUGGCGACUACCCCUGGAGAGCCUGUGUGGACCCUGGAUAACUUGAUGCAGGCCGCCCAGCAGGUUGUGAUGGCUAAGAGCGCGGGUGAGAAAGGUGACAUCAAGUUGAAGGCGGCGAAGGUCAUGGAGUUGGACGCCAUUAACGAAAGGAGCGACAGGGCACCUAUGGCUUUGGCGGAUACCGGCGCUACCCAUUCCCUACGUCAUCCGCAUUCGCAGGAGGAGUGGGAUCGAAGCAUGUGGGUUAAUGUGGUCUUAGCCGGCGGUGAGCAAGUUCAGAUGAAGAUGAAUAACGCCGGCACGCUGCUUUUUGGAGCGGACGGAACUGCCAGGGAGACCACAACGAAUGCCAUCGUCCCAGUGGGUGAGCUGGUGAAGACCCUGGGGUAUCGAUUCGAGUGGGGGCCUGCGAGCUGCCAUUUGGUGGGCCCAGAUGGGACCAUUGUGCGGCUUUCGACCAAAGAAGGGUGCCCGCACAUCUCGGAGGCCAGGGCUUUGGAGCUCAUCUCGAAGAUCGAGAAGAAGAAGCUGGACCAGUUCACCGAGAAUGUCAAGGGCACAGAGGCCAGGGUUCAGGCGAUGGCGAGGACGCUGGAUAAGUCGUGGUUCGACUACCUGGGCGAGGCUUGCUAUGGGCAUUCAGGCCAAGAGGACAAGGCAGUCGCGGCGGCUCCCUUCUUGAAGGACGUCCCUGCGGAGGCACUGUAUGGCCUGGCAACGAACGUGGACAAUGAGAGUGGAUGGCAGAUCCUGAAGAAGCUGACAUUCCUCAACCGGAGGCAGCGGCGACGCUUGUGGUCAUCGAAGAGCUGGGUGGUUCAUCUCUUUGCUGGAAAGACGAAGAAGGAGGCAUUCAGCUGGUUGAACGAUGGCGACAGGGUCCUCCUGGAGCUGGACAUUGCGAGGUCCCAAGGCCACAACCUAUUGGACCAGGACUUGUGGCGGGCUUUGUCAUGGGCGGCGUCGCAAGGCAAGAUUGCAGCAGUCAUCGGAGGGCCGCCGUGCAGAACAUUCAGUCGACUUCGUUUUCGGGAGCCAGGGCCAUCGCCAGUACGUUCUCGGGCAAACCCGUAUGGGUGGCCGGACCAGUCACCCAGUGAAAGAUUGCAGGUGACCCGGGAUACCAAGCUGUUCGUUCGCAUGCUUUGGCUCCAUGCAAAAUCGACGGCAGGGAGGUUGCAAAGUUUGGGCCGGAGAAUGUCAGCAUCGACGGUGGCGUUUGUUCUGGAGCAGCCCCAAGACCCCCAUGAGUACUUGCCGAGCACGACCCCAAACUGGAGUGAGUUGCCAUCAUUCUGGGAUACCGAAAUGUGGAAGAGGUACGCAGCGGAGGCAGGACUCACGGAGGUCAGCUUCGAGCAGGGCGCCUAUGGUCACAAAGCCAUCAAGCCGACGACGCUGGGAACGAACAUGAUGUCUCUGGCGUUGCUUCGAGGAGCGAAAACCAAAGGGGUCCUCGAGCCUUUCGACGGCCCAUCCGAAGCUCUGGCGGCGUGGGCUCCAGGCCUAUGCGCAGCGAUAUCUCUGGCCUUGAAGGAAUGGUUGGUGACCCCGGCAUUGACGGCUAUGACGGUGGGCCAAUGGAAGGAGCACGUGGCUCGGGGCCAUUUGCCUCCUCGUCGGGACUGCUUGUACUGCAGCAUGUUCGGGGCCAGUGGAAGACCGCAUCGCCGAGUGAGCCAUCCGGAGAUGUUCACGUUAACAUCCGACCUUUCUGGCCCGCAUGAAGCAGGAUUGGACCACAACGCCCGAAGCCCCUUCUACAAGCAGUUCAAAAACCUGUUGGUGUGCAAGUACCGAUUUCCAGCGUCGUUUGCCAAUGGGACCUGGGAAGAGACUGCUGAGGAUGGGGAGGUAGUCGAUGAGAACACCAGCCCGUUCGACGAGGGUGACCAAUUGGAGAAGGAGUUGGAGCCAUAUAGCCCUUCUGAACCUGAGGACCAAGAGCAAGAUGAGCGAAACGCCCAUGUGGGUGCAGGUGUGAGUGAUGGUGAUGGUGAGUUGGAGGAGGAUUGUGAAGCUGAGGAAAGUGGAAAGAGGGUGCAAAACCCUCAGAUGGCGGAAGGGGACACCAAACCUCCAGAAUCCACCUACUUGGUCUUCGCCACGCCCUUGGUUUCCGGAACCUCAGCUGAGAUCUUGGAAGCUCUGCAGGACCAGGAGGAGCCAAGGAGACUGCAGGCCCUAGAGCAUGUGAAGCAGACAGUGGUGGAUAGUGAAAAACGAGCGGCGCAAUGCUUGCAAGAGUGGAACCUGGAGGAGGCUAUCCAGAUCAUCAAUGACGAAGUCGCGGGGACCGUGCUAAAGUUCGGCCUUUUUCGUCAUGGAGGGGUGGUGGGCUUCCACAAGGCCACGUCUGAGCGGCCAACCCUGGUGAAACUAGCAACUAGGGCAUUGACGGAGUUGUGCCCGGAGGCAGAGUUUACCUCCCUCUACAUCUCCAGCAUUGAUGAACGGCGCCUACAUCGUGAUUCGCAAAACCAUCCUCUCACAAAGAACUACGCGGUGGUCAUCAAGCCUCCGAAAUCUGGUGGAAGCUUGUGGGUCGAACUGCAAGAUGGAGAUACAGUGCGAGGGCCGAUUGUGGCCGCCUCUGACAACAAAGGAACUUACUUCGGUUGCGCCCAUCCCAUGCCGGACAGACAAGUACGACGAGUAGACCCAUUCAGAAGACAUUGGGUGAUGCCAUGGAAAGGGAAAAGGACAGUGCUUGUCGGCUACACCGUGAACACCAUGAGGGGAUUAGACACCUUGGCCUAUGAAGUCCUAGAAGACCUGGGCUUUGUGGUUCCCGUGGUAGCUUUGGAAGCGGGUUCUGGGGAAAGACCAACAGGUGUAGCGGCGCAAUGCGUGGUGGAUCGGGCGUGUGAAGCUGUGGAGAGCGGCCAACAUGAGAUCGAGGAUGAUCAGGUGGAGUUCGAGUUCAAUUGGGGAAAGCCCUGUGCAAAUUGGGACUUGGAUUUCGCGGGCGACGUUGGGGGCACAGAAGAAAAUGCCCUCUGGGACAUCGCAAUCCCACUGCCCACAUCGUCAGCGGUUGAUGGCAAAGCUUUGCAGCGAAAGUCCGUGAUGAUGGUAAGGAUGCAGCCUGGCGAGCCAACAUGGGAGGAGGUGUUCCUGAAGAAGGUGGAGGUGAGCUACACGACCGGAAUUGAGGAGGUGUUGAAAUCGUUGGCAAAGCCCCUGGCAGUGGUCCACAAUGUUGCGCAGGCGGAGGUGAUCCCGGUUCUGGAAUCCUGGAGGCAAUCCAUCCAGAAAGAGUUGGACGCGGUAUCGCACGCCAUCAUCAAGGUGGUCCCAGGCCAGGAGGAGUAUUACCAGAUCCUGAACAUGCCAGGCCUCCAGGUGCUGCCGAUGAAGUUUGUCUUCACUUGCAAACCUCCAGCUGAGGCGCCGGAGCGGCCAGAGGACCCAUGGUAUCGCCGAAAGGCGAGGAUCGUGGUGUGUGGAAAUCAUGCCCAAGACAAUGAAAACGAAGUCUACACGUCGGGAGCCACUGCCGAGGUCCUUCGAAUUGCAAUUGCGCUGGCAAGCCGAAGGGGAUGGAAGCUGGGAGUGAUCGACGUGACAGCGGCCUUCUUGAGGACGCCGAUCCGCAAUGAGCCUGGGUUCCCAGUGGUGGCUGGAAGCCCUCCGAAGCUUCUACUUCGCCUGGGACUCAUAAAGCCUGGUGAACUUUGGUAUUUCACCCAUGCUUUCUACGGGAUGAAGGAGAGCCCGCGCCUAUGGAGUCGCUUUAGAGAUGGCGAGAUGAACAUCCUCACCUUCGUCGUUGGGGAUAUCAAGUACCUCCUGCACCAGGGCAAGAUCGAGGACACGUGGUGGACCAUCCAGACCGAAGACGGCACCAUAGAAGGUCUGGUCAUAAUUUACGUGGAUGAUUUCCUCAUAUGUGCAAUCCUUGAGGUCAUCAAGGCGCGCGCAGCCGCGAUCGAGAACCUGUGGAACACGGGAGGGCUGCAGAUUAUUGGUCGAGACCAACCGGUGAGGUUCUUAGGAGUGGAGAUCGAGGAGGUAGAGGGUGGCUAUGUGUUGGGACAGAAGGCCUACAUAGAAGAGUUGCUCCGCCUGCAUCGUAUCCCAGAGACCGCCUUGAACCUCAUCCCCGUGCCCCGCGACAUGGCAAACUUCGAUGUGGAAGAAGGUGUGAUUGCCGAGGCUACCGCGAUCCGAGAUGCUCAACAAUACGCGGGAGAGCUGUUAUGGAUUUCGCAAAGGACCCGACCAGAUGUCGCCUUCGCUUCCUCAUUGGCGGCAUCACUCAGCACAAGAGAUCCAAUGAGGGUUUCAACGGUGGCGGAGAGAACUUUGGGUUUUCUCCAGAGGACAAAGCAUUGGGUGCUGAAGUUCAUCGCAGACUCCACAGAGCUCCAUGGAUAUGCUGAUGCCUCCUUUGCGCCGAGCGGCGGGAAGAGUCACCAAGGUGUGGCAAUCCUGCUCUACGGAUGCCCAAUUAUGUGGAAGUCGAGCCGUCAAACGACCACGGCAAUCUCCACGGCGGAGUGCGAACUUGGUGCAGAGCUGGACGGAGCGCUGGCGCUGUUGUCAAGUGGGGCGAUGAUGGAGGAUUUGGGCCUGAGCGAUCUUUCCAAGCAGUUGUGGUGCGAUAGCACCUCGGCAAUCUCCCUCUCGAAAGGAGCAUCAAGUUGGAGGACACGCCACCUUCGCGUGAAGGCAAUGUGGCUUCAGGAAAGGCUAGAGGCGCAUGAGCUCGGCCUCGGCCACAUCGAAGGCCGACAACAACUGGCAGAUCUAUUGACGAAAGCCUUGACGUCGACCAGGAUACUGGAGUUGGCAAGAUUGUGGGGUCUUGGCCCGCGGGAGGAAGCAACGGACUCGAUCAACCCCGGGACAGGAAGCACAGCUCGAGCGGCAGCAGCACGUGAACAAGCAGCGCGGGUGAUGACAGUGAUGAUUUGGUGCAUGAUGGUUGUGCGUUCGGAGGGACGGACGCAGCCUGAAAGCUCCGGAAGGGUCGAAGGCCAUGUGCGCAAAUCCUUGGAGCUGGACACCGACCUGGCAUCGCUGUUCUUCAUGUUGUUGGUGGUUGGUGGAAUCUUGACCAUGUGGGAGAUCGCGAAAUGGAUGGGCUAUGAGUUCAUCGUUACGUGGACACCAGGAGCAAAAGAACGGAAGAUACGACGACUGAAGAAGGUGAGGGAUGCAGCCGCCAUGGCAAUCCAGGACGAAUUGCAGGCGAGGAAGGCCCGGGGACGUCGUGAAAGAGAAGAAGAGCAGGAGAUAUCUCAGCUCCUUGGCUUGCCGCAGGCCCCGACUACGCCUUGCCCGACUCGUCCAUGUCCAGAGCACGAUGACAGGCCGACCCCGCCGCCUAUGCCCCCGGGAAGUUCACAUGAAGUAUAUGAUCCACCGCCACCUCCAUCUACAUCUUCAAUAAGAAGGGCCCGUAGGAACUACACACAGUACGUACCCAUGCCGCCGGAGGCCAUCUACCUCAUCAACGACAGCGACAAGUACCAUGCAUACAACAAUUGUGCCGGCUUGAGACGUUUAUCAAAGCCUUUGAUGUACAGACAGCUUUGUACGUUUUGUAAAGAUCAAGCGCAGGCUGAAUCUGCAUUCCCAAUCCCUAGCUGA